AUACAUCCGACCGAUAGCCUGUAUAGAAAUACAUUGUGCCCCUUGCAUGUUUAGAAUUAGGCCCUUGACUAUAUUGUGCUAUGCUCCCUCCAUUCUACCUACUACAACUUUCUUUAAAUUACUUUCUGUUUAACUAUCUAUUAUACAUUAGAGUUUAUACUGCCAGAGACAAUGCAGAUAUAAUAAAAAUGAUCAUUUAGUCAUACGAAAUACAUAUCCAGCCUUCUUAAACAUGGCAAGUUCUAGUGUCUCUGGGAAAGAAGCAGCGCGCCGGCUCGUGCAAAGCAUUUCCAAGCAGCAUGGCUACCUCGGCCAGGAUGUUUAUGCAACUAUGCCCGCAGAUACUCGCCGUCAAGUUCAAGAAGCACUCCUCAUGGCACACACGCUGGUAGGAACAAGUGUCAUUACGCUGGCAAAGAAUCUCUAUACUAAGGAUGUUAGAUGGAUCUUCGAGCUCUUACAAAACGCCGAGGAUAACUGCUUCUCCCGAGCAGAGUCUUCAGGAAUCGUGCCAUACGUGUCUUUUGAUGUGUAUAAGGAUCGAGUUGUUGUCAAAUGCAACGAAGAUGGCUUUACCGAAGCAAAUCUUAGAGCGAUAUGUAAGAUUGGAGCGAGUUCAAAGACAGGGGCUCAAGGAUACAUUGGCGAGAAAGGCAUUGGCUUCAAGUCAGUCUUCAAGGCAGCAUGGAAAGUUCACAUUCAGUCUGGAGACUAUUCGUUCACAUUUACCCACCAAAAGGGCGAUUCCGGUAUAGGAAUGAUAUCUCCGGAAUGGUGCGAACCGACGGAAGAAAUACCGAUGCCCUUGACUAAAAUCACAUUGUUUUUGCACCCCACCGAUGUCUCAGGCACCGAAGAUGCGCGGCGACAAAACAUCCUUAAUCAGUUGAACGAACUUCAACCUACGAUGCUCCUUUUCCUAAAGAAGCUAAAGCAAAUCAAGGUGCACAUCUACGACGAUGCUGGGACCGAAAUAUCAUCCUCUUUGCUUAAAAUAAAUCAUACCAACCAAGUCAGCAAUCGCAUACUCGAGAAAUUCCAUACCCAGGACAAAAAGACGACCCAUACAACACAAAGAUACCAUAUCGUGGAGCAUAUUGCACGUAAUCUUCCUCAUAGUGAGAACAGAACGUAUUCUCUCCAGGAAGAAGCAUCGAGGGCAGAAAGUACUGCUCCAAUUAUCCUCGCGUUUCCUCUUUCACAUGAUGAUGAACCAUUCAUCGAACAACAGGAACUCUUCGCAUUUCUUCCAGUCCGCCGAGUGGGAUUCAACUUCCUAAUCCACAGCGAUUUCGUAACCCAAGCGAACCGAGAGGAUAUCGUGACCACCUCAUCCCGAAAUAUUCAGCUGUUAGAUUCACUGGCAAAGGCUUUCGUGGUUGCAAUGAGAUCGCUUUGCCUUCAUCCGACCUUGAAGUAUCAGUGGAUGCGUUACCUUCCAAGGUUAUCAAACUAUCCAUGGGACCCAUUCUGGUUAAGGCUCGUUAAUAAGAUCAAAGAAAGCAUUUGCUGUGAAGAGAUUUUGAUUUUGCGGGAUUCAACGAUCCAAAGACAGAUACCGCAAGCAAGACGACUCAGCUUGGACACACUUGAUCAACACGGAGAUCCCCUAUUUAUCGACCUCCCCGGCGAUAAAGCCUGUUAUAUUUCAUCUAAUUACAAGAUGAGCGACCUCGAUAUUCUUCAGGACUAUGGACUCAAAACAAUAUAUCAGGAUGAGGUGCUUCAGAGAGUAUCGAGAGAUUUGUAUAGCAAUACAUCCAGGAUGCAGUCCACAGGGACCGAUUCUGAUUGGCACGCUCGUGCAGCCCGACUUUUAAGUCUACCCUUUAAAAACGGAUGGCAGACGACGAUGAAAACAACUAAGUCGUUACAUCUGAUCCCCCUAGUCGAUAACGCAUGGGUUAAUUCAACUGAACCUGAUGUGCAUUUUGCAACUACGAUGAACGGACUCGCGAUCCCGGCUGGUCUCGAGUUUCGCCUCAUAGACCCCGCUGCUACAGCAAUAUCUGAAAGGAAACAAUUGUUCGCUCAUCUCGAUGCAAAAUAUGCUUCAGUACACCAUAUCCGUGUCAAAGUCUUUGAAGAAUAUUGGAGAUGGGGGGCUAUGAGGAUAAACUACGAAACUUCACUCUCUCAUCUCAAAUUCCUCUAUCUAACACACGGCCAAGAUUCCACUUCCAAUAGAUAUGAGGAUUAUAAGGAUUUGUUGCUACGCGAUGAUCGCGGAUCUUUGUAUCCAUUGAUUUCACACGUGUCUUACUCGGACAAGGGAUUCUGGGAACUAAUCUCCAAGGCCGACAAAUCUCCAGAGUGGUUUAAUGUUCAUUUUAUAAACAGAAAGUAUUUUGAAGACGACCCAGGAAAAUCAACUCAACAUGAUCUGACGUGGAGAGAAUGGCUCGAAACAUGCCUCAAGGUUCGUAAUUACUCGAGGCUAUUCGAUGCUUCCGGGAACUCGCUUUCAGACGAAUGUACAUUCGUCGACAAGCACCUUCCUUCGGAGCUUCUGAAUCUCUUGAGACAAAGUUGGGAUUUGGAAAAGUCCCGUGUGACACCCGAACUGAUAGAGAAGCUGGAUGAUGGACUGAGGGUACCAUGCCAAGGUGGUCGGCGUUCAAGCCUUUCGACAUCAUAUUUCCCUUUGCCGGUAUUAUUAGAAAGGCGUGACGAGUUCAUGCGAGAAGGAGAAUUCUUCCCUUUCCUUGACAUUAACGAUGAUUCAGACUCGGUGUCUCAAUGGCACUUCUUGCACGAUUUGGGGGUGAAGUUUAACACCAAUCUAGAGUUCUACCUUGACAUUCUUACUCAUAUACAUUUGGGCAAUCUGUUUAAGGACGGUCUUGUUGACCCUUUACGCAUUUUGCGUCUAUAUUUACGCCUUCAUGCAGAAUGCUUGGACUCGCAAGGCAAAGAAAUGCAAGAAACGAAACAGACUCAGAUACGUGAUACUUUUCAGAGUGAACGACUUGUGUUUAUAAUAUCUGCUUGGGAGCAGCGUAAGUCAACUUGGGAAUCUCCCAGUAAAUGUCUACUCGAUGGGCCCAUGAACAUGGAGACCGUCUUCCCAGUCCUCCCCAUAUAUGCGCAAUUCAAAGAUUCUGUCCCGGGGUUCCCUAACUUCAGGACAUUCCUCCAAGAAACCCUGAGACUCCCGAAGUGCUCAUGGAAUCAUAUUGUGGGAGAGCUAAAGCAUAUCAAAGAGUCGAACCCCCCAGGGAUCCAUGAUAGAAUUCGAGAAUUAUACUCGGAAUUAAGUGCUAUGAGACUAUCUAGUACUCAGUUAGAAGAAAUGAGAAACGCGUUCAAAAACGAUGCCUUGGUUUUUGCGGAUGUCAGUCCCCAAAAGUGGCAUAUGCCAUCGCAGUGUCUAUGGUGUGUCUCAUCGCCAAUUCGAGGUAGGGUAAACUUGAGCAAUAUAUAUGACGGGGAUUUGGAGGGCUUUUUUGUCGAAAAGCUAGCUGUACGUGUGUUAGACGCCGAUAUUAUCUACAACGAAUUGUUGGAACUGGAUCCGGAAGAGGCCACGACGGGACGCGUUAAAAAUCUCCUUUGGACUUUCAACUCACAUAUCGAGCUCGAAAACUUCAAUACUUCUCCCGAGAAGUUACUAAAACGUCGAAUCCUACCAGUUAGGGAGGUUGGUGGCAAGAUAGCUCUGCAUUCGGCGGAGACCAGCUUUGGCAUUAUCGAUCGCAAGAAACUUGGCGAUAUUUUCUACGACAAGGUCAAAAUUCUCGAUUUCGCCGUAAACGAUAUUGUUAAACUCAUGCCUCUCAUAAAGUGGGCGGGCCUCGAGGAUAGGUAUCUAUCACGAUUAGUUCAGGAGACGUCUGUUGUGGAUUCAGGCUUAAAAACACCAAUAUCAGACCCAAUCCAAGAUAUCAGGAAAAAGGCAUAUGGGCUACUUCGCAUCGCAACUCAUUUCAGGAGCCCUCGGAUUGAAGGCAAUGGCCAAGCGUUAUACGACCUGCUCCGCAAUUUACGCACAUGGGAGACACCGGAAAUAUCAACAAAACUGGUACUCACCAUAGGCGGACAGACUGUGAGCCAUGAUGUCGACCGUGGAAUGAUCCAUAUCAACGAUAACGAUGGGUUAGAAAUAUACGUUCCGCGCGACGAAGACUUACGAGAUAAAUCUUACCUCUCCACUCUUCCCAAUCGCUUAACGAAGUGGAUGAUGACAGAUCCCAGGACAAACUCCAAGAGAGAUAUUGAUCCCAAUGCAGAGUUCUUAAUCCAGGGCAUCUUGACGACGAAGGCUAGACAAGUUGAUUAUUAUCUUAUCGAAAGGGGCAUUAUUGAAGUAACCAUACCAGAGCAAGACGACCAAGAAGAUAUCAGCACUAAUCAACCUACACCGACCCUUACUUCUACACCCACGCUCGUCGAACCUUCUACCCCUCGAAUACUACGCCCGCGUCCCUCCGAGCCGGCGACCCCCCUUUUCGACAGCGAAUCCCCGUAUGAGAAUCCAGAGACACCAGCAACAGAUUACACAUACUAUUCUACCCCUAGGACAAGUUCAAGUAAAGACCUCUAUUCAUCCGCACGAACGGCUCCUUCGCCAGAUCCAUUCACGACGACUAUCGCGGAAAGACAGAGAAAGGCGACUCAAAAGUACUGUGCUCUUCUAUCACAAGUGAUACGUAAAGCUAGGAAAAGCCGAAUCCUCUCGGAAGAAACGGAUCUCUCGGUGCUCCUGGAUGUUAUUCCAGGCAAUAAUACCAUCGAUAGCACGAUAUUCGACGAACAUGAUCUAUUUGAUCCUCAAUUGGGUAUGUCGCGGUUCGAGCGCGACAAGAAAGUAGGAGCCGCAGGGGAACUCUUCGUCUACGAGCUUCUCUCUUCGAUGGACCCAGCUCUCAGAGGGUUUACCAGGGCUAAUUGGAAAAGUACUAUUCGGGAAUUCGUCACAGUACACCCGGAUUACGCAGAUAUGAGCAGCUGGUCCGGAAUUGAAACGUCCGACCUCGAGUACAAAGACGAUAGCAGUAAACUAACAGCAAUUCUCAUAAGUAAGGGUCUUCUCUCGAGUAGUUGGAGAGGCUCACGGCCCAUGUAUUAUAUUGAAGUGAAGACUACUCCAGGGGGUCGAGAUGCCCCCUUUUUUAUGUCGGAUACUCAAUACCACAAGAUGGAGAGGCUUUCCACGAAAGAUUCGAUAUAUGUUAUCUUCCGAGUUUCCGAGCUGUACAGCGGCGGUAUUACUCUUGACAUCUACGUCGAUCCGAUCCAGCUUGAUGAGGGGCGGUUGGUGUUCUCGGCUGAUAGGUGGACGGUGAGGCCGGUGUUUGGAUUUACACGGGAAACUCCCGAGUUCGACUGAAUUUUUCCUAGGUUAAUUACGAAAGUUUACAACUACAAAAUCAAAUUACCCUGACUAGUUAAAGAUACCAUGUUGUAUAUUGGUAUCAGCUCGUCUUGGCGUUUCUAUUCCAGCAUGGCAUCGCAUGGCAUCGCAUUGAUCUAACCUUUGCGGGACCCUAUAAAAGAUAUUGGCCUAGGUUAAUUUACUUGGCAAGGAACAAUCCGUACAAAGAUAAAUACCCUUUUAUGACAUGUUUCUUCCCUAACCUACCUAGGCAAAGUGUCCGAGCAUAUCGUGCUAGCGGUGUACAAUUUGAGGACUAGAGAGCUGAACUUAGGCAACUCCACAUGAAAGGGAUUCAGCUCAGGAGUAUAAAUCGGAGAUAGUUACCAAGAUAAGCUGUUUUCAAAGCUGGAAGCAGAAGUAACUCUCAAAACAACUAAACGAAAAUACAAUAUUAACUGCUCUGAGUACCCGGAAUCCUGCUACCUCUUUAACAACGGAUUCCAGCGAUAUUAUCCAUUAAUCAACCAAGAUGUCUGACGUCUAUACCGAUAAUAUGACCCGCAACGAUAGCGAGGUCCAAAGACUUGAUACACAAUUAGACUAUAUAAAUGAGUAUGAGCUCCCACACGAUCUCAAGAAACUGCUGCUCACU